AUGGGGCCGCAGACGGGGCGGACUCGGUCGCCCGAGCCCGUCCCGUCUGGCGGCGAUCCCCCGCACCCUUCGCUUGAGAGUGUAUUUUUCAUCGAGAAAAGGUUAUUUUUAUUUUAUGUUGGAAAAAAAGGCACAGCCGACUUCUUCGGGCUCAACCACUACACGUCGGACCUCGUCACAUCUAGCAGCGCCGGAGUGCAGCCCUCCAAGACCUACGACACAGGAGUCGUCACGUCGCCUUUCGAAGGUUACCCGUCCGGCGGCUGGGUAACGGAAGUGCCGUGGGGUCUGCGAAAACUCCUCAACUGGCUGCACCGGUCUUACCCCGGAUACCCGUUUUUCAUCACUGAGAACGGGUGGUUGGACCCGCCAGGAGUUCUUAACGACACGGGCCGCAUCCACUACUACAACGGCUACCUCUCUGCUAUCCUGAGAGCCAUCAACGAAGAUGGCGUGCCGGUGAUUGGCUACACUGCCUGGUCCCUCUUGGACAACCUGGAGUGGACGAGUGGCUACACGGCGAAGUUUGGACUGUAUUCCGUCGACUUCAACGACCCCGAGCGAACCAGAACGCCGAAGGCAUCUGUGCCCGUCCUGGCGCAGAUCUACAAGGACAAGGCCGUACCUCUGGACGACUUCGAGAGUGCAAACACAACGCCACCCUCGUAA